CACCGGGUCCUUCAGCUCCUUACAGAUGGUGCAGUUAUACUUCUGUUCUACAACCCUUGCAUGCGCCAUUUCACAACAAACCGGAAAAUAUGAUAUAUAUGAUAUACAUACAGUAUAUAUAUAUUAUAUAUUUUUCCCUCGUUUUUCCCGUCACAAAAAGUUACCGGAACAUACCACUUUCUCUGUAGGGGGGUGAACAAUAUGUUUCUAAACUUUCGUGUUUUGCAAAAAUGUCUCUCUCUCUUGGCUCAUUACCCGACAGAGAAAGAAAAACUUCUUAGCAAUAAAUUCACUGUUUUAAAUCAAUGCAUGCCAUCCAAUAUGCGACUAAAAGGAUUUGGGAAAUUUGUUGGCCUCCCCUCUUUCGUGGAUAAGUUCAGCAGGCCGUACGAAGCGAACCCUUUUCCGAGCAAACUGUGGUGUGAGAGACGCUCAGUCAGGCCUCUGUCGUACACGGAAACUUUAGAAGUAACGUGUAAAUCCGCUGUAGCUUUCUUCCAGUUCAGCAUCCUGGCGAAUUACUUCUGGUUGCUGGUGGAGGGCAUGUACCUGCAGACUCUGCUCGUUCUCACCUUCGUCUUGCAGAGGAAGUACUUCUGGUGGUACAUUCGGACUGGAUGGGGUGUGCCAUCGGUUGUCCUUGUUGUUUGGGUGUUGACACGCAAUUUCUAUGACAACAGUGGUUGCUGGGAUGACACAGAUAACAUAGGCAUGUGGUGGAUAAUCAAAGGUCCGAUAACAGCAUCGCUGUUUGCCAACAUUAUCAUCUUCCUAAAUGUGAUCCGGAUCCUGGUUGAGAAGCUCAAGUCAGCCGGUGUUGGAGGCAAUGACACCGGCCAUUUCAUGAGGUUGGCUAAGUCCACAUUGUUCUUGAUCCCGCUGUUUGGAAUGCACUACACUGUGUUCGCCUUCCUGCCAGAGAACACGGGAGAAACAGCACGACUCUACAUUGAGCUUGGCCUGGGUUCCUUCCAGGGCUUUGUGGUCGCUCUUCUGUACUGCUUUCUUAAUGGAGAGCGUACUCCUGCACCCUCUGGGCCUUAAUGCGCUAUGCCUCUUCGCCUUCCUCGUCGUCCUCGUCGUCGUCCUCAUCCUUUACCACCACAGAGGGUUUGGGAGCUGGAGCAGCCUAACAUCAGGAAAAAAUACAGAA